AUGAAGGCGUUACCUGGGGCACAAGUGGAGCUCAGGCCGGCGGCGAUUGGCAGGUACUACACAGGAAACCUGGAGGCUAAGUCAACAAAUCAUGAAACUCUAGGUUUAAUUCACACAGCAACAAAAGGGCUAAUAAGAGCUAUCGAAGAUGGUGGAAUAGAUUCUGUGAUGGAAUGGGAAGUGGAUGAAGUGCUGAACUGGACAAACACACUCAUCUUUGAUGAGAAUGACUUCCACAUGCAUUAAGAUGGCUACUAUUAAAAAAACAAAAGAGAAAAUAACAGGU